AUGAAGGUCACUGCAGCUCUCACAGGCUUCAUAGCCGCGGUACUCGCCGCCCCUAGCACCGAACCUGGCCUGUUACCGCGAAGUGCUGGUAUCAACUAUGUCCAGAACUACAACGGCAACCUUGGUUAUUUCACUUACAACGAGGCUGCCGGAACAUAUUCCAUGUACUGGGAGGACGGAGUUAGCUCCGAUUUUGUCGUUGGAUUGGGCUGGAGCACUGGCUCUUCGAAGUCUAUCACCUACUCUGCCAGCUACAGCGCCUCUGGCUCUGGCUCCUACCUCGCUGUGUACGGUUGGGUGAACUCUCCCCAGGCCGAGUACUACAUCGUCGAGGACUACGGUACUUACAACCCUUGCAGCUCGGCCACAAGCCUUGGUACCCUAUCCUCUGAUGGAGCCACCUACCAAGUCUGCACCGACACUAGGACCAACCAGCCAUCGAUCACGGGGACGAGCACUUUCACGCAGUACUUCUCCGUUCGACAGAGCCCGCGCACAUCUGGAACGGUGACUGUUGCCAAUCACUUCAACUUCUGGGCAAAGCAUGGGUUCGGCAACAGUAAUUUCAAUUAUCAAGUCAUGGCGGUGGAAGCAUGGAGUGGUGCUGGCAGCGCCAGUGUCACGAUCUCUUCCUGA